UUAAAAUGACGCUUGCAGUUUUGCACAGACAUAAAGCGGCCAGCUACCCAGCCUAAUCGAGACGCUAACCCAAUUCGCCCACCAGAUUGAUGGCCGCCUCGUCCUCGUUGCCGGACUCCGGCGACCUCAUCCUGGUCGAGCCAGCGAGGCCGGGAUCACAGGUCGCCGUGGUGACCAUCAACCGCCCCGACGCGCUGAACGCGCUGACGCGGCCGAUGAUGGUCUCCCUGGCCGCGGCUUUCCGACGACUGGACGCCGACGACGGCGUUGCCGCGGUGGUGCUCGCGGGGCGCGGCCGCUCCUUCUGCUCCGGAGUUGACCUGAAGGCGGCGGAGGAGGCGUUCAAGGGCGACGUGAACGACCCCGCCGCCAACCCCGUCACCCAGAUGGAGCUCUGCCGCAAACCAAUCGUCGGCGCCGUGGCCGGGUUCGCCGUCACAGCGGGGUUCGAGAUCGCCCUUGCCUGCGACCUCCUCGUCGCUGGCCGCUCGGCCAAGUUCCUCGACACCCACGCCAAGGUUGGGAUAUUUCCUUCUUGGGGUCUUUCACAGAAGCUCUCCCGUUUCAUUGGGCCGAACAGAGCACGAGAAGUGUCACUAACUUGCAUGCCUAUCACUGCUGAAAUGGGGGAGAAGUGGGGACUCGUUAACCACAUUGUUGAAGACAGCCAGGUGCUGAGUAAGGCCAUAGAGGUCGCUGAGGCCAUUGCGAGGAAUAACCGCAAUCUGGUGAUUCUAUACAAGUCAGUUAUAAAUGAUGGGCUUCAGCUGGACAUGAAACAUGCCCGAGCUCUUGAAAAGGAAUUGACAGGAUGAUCGUCUGCCGCAGCCACUUGUGUUUUCCUGGCUAUGAUUCUUGAAGAUGGAUAUGUCUUUUGUACUAGUUCUUCUUGGGAUUGGAAACAAGAAGAACUGGAGAUUUCUUUAUUCGUAUUCUAUUAUUCUGCGAGUGCACCCUUCUCUCGUUAUUCCACUAGAAAGAUCUUUAAUAACUAAUUCCAGAUAUCAUUGUAACUUAUAACAUCAUGUAAGAUGAUGACAGUUUUUUAAGGUUA